GCGGAGCGCGGGGGGCUGGCGCGCGGGGCCGGGCGCGAUGCCGUACGCCAACCAGCCGACCGUGCGCAUCACGGAGCUCACGGACGAGAACGUCAAGUUCAUCAUCGAGAACACGGACCUGGCGGUGGCCAACUCCAUUCGGAGGGUCUUCAUCGCCGAGGUGCCCAUAAUAGCCAUCGACUGGGUUCAGAUUGAUGCCAAUUCCUCAGUCCUUCAUGACGAGUUCAUCGCGCACAGGCUUGGAUUGAUCCCCCUCACUAGUGACGACAUUGUGGACAAGCUGCAGUACUCCCGGGACUGCACGUGUGAAGAGUUCUGCCCUGAGUGCUCGGUGGAGUUCACCCUGGACGUGCGGUGCAACGAAGACCAGACUCGCCACGUCACGUCGCGAGACCUCAUCUCCAACAGCCCCCGGGUGAUUCCAGUGACAUCCCGGAACCGAGAUAAUGACCCCAAUGACUACGUGGAGCAGGACGACAUCCUCAUCGUCAAGCUGAGAAAGGGCCAGGAGCUGAGACUUCGAGCCUAUGCCAAAAAGGGCUUUGGCAAAGAACAUGCCAAGUGGAACCCUACUGCAGGGGUGGCUUUUGAAUACGAUCCUGACAAUGCCCUGAGACACACGGUGUACCCCAAGCCGGAGGAAUGGCCAAAGAGUGAGUAUUCAGAGCUGGAUGAAGAUGAGUCACAGGCUCCCUACGACCCCAACGGGAAGCCGGAGAGGUUUUACUACAACGUGGAGUCCUGUGGCUCUCUCCGCCCCGAAACCAUCGUCCUCUCAGCCCUCUCUGGACUGAAGAAGAAGCUGAGCGAUUUACAGACCCAGCUGAGCCACGAGAUCCAGAGUGACGUCCUCACUAUCAACUAGCCGCACUCGCCGGGUCAGCAGAAAGGGCACCGGAGCCAGCAGCAGGAUUUCAGGUCCCCCCCCGGAGACUUCCAGCUUCGGCAGUCUGGACAGCUGUGGCUCAGGCUUCUUGGCAAGCCACCAACUAGAAGGGUAGCAGUGGGGAAGGGGAGAACAUCCCAGCCGUGCUCCGUCCCAGCUAGAUUACCAGGGUGCCACUGGGAUUUGAGGCAGGACGGUGUUUACAUGUGGCAUCCCUGGCCCUGCCUGCCAACUGCCAGUAG